AUGUGGCGCAGAGUGUCGCUGCUGAUUCUGUGCUGCGCCGUGAGCGGACUCGACGCUCUGGAGGCGGACAGGAGCGCACAACCACCCCGAGAUGAGAGGCUCCAGGCCGUGGCUGAGGAGCUGAGUCAGCCGGGGAAAGAUGCUCCGACCGCGGGUAAAGUGGAGGAGAGCCAGCGGAGAGGUGAGCAGCAUCUCCCGGGGACGGUUCAGCUUCCCACUGCCGAGCCUCUGGAGGAUGAACUGGACAACCAGGAGAACAUUAUCAGCCAGUUGCUGGGCGAUUACGACAAAGUCAGAACGACCUCUUCGGGGUCCGACUGUGUGUGUCGCUGCGUUGUUCGGCCCAUCAAACGCUCCGACUGCGGCCGUAUCCAUGACAGCGACCCGUCCUCGCCAUCCCAGCAUUUUUACACCGUGGAGACGAUCACCAAGGGGACGGACUGCAAGAAGUGUGAGUGCAUGGCUCCACCUUCAGCUGUGAACCCCUGCGAAGGAGAAUACAGGUUCAAGAAGCUGCAGGACGCCAGCAAAGACGACAUCAAGCUGGCGACCAUCAUCGACCUGUUGGAGGGCUCUCUGUAUGGAAUGGACUUGUUGAAGCUGCACUCUGUCACCACCAAGCUGCUGAGCCGAGUGGACAACAUGGAGAGGGCUUUCGUCGGAAACUUUACUGAAAGAAAAGAGAAAGAACGUGCGAAGGAGAGAGCAAAGGAAAAGGAAAGAGAAAAGAAGGCCCAGCAGAAAAAAAAGAAAGUGAAUGAUUUGGAACAUUCAGGACCUAAAAGUGGAGCAGCUGCCUACGCCCACAAGCAGAAGAAUUACGAAACUCAGCUGAAGAAAAACCAACAACAAGAUGGUCUGCAGCAACAACAGCCACUCAGGAAUAAAACAGAAACCCAAAAGCCAAUCAGAGAGAAGACAGAGCCAAGGCAGCCAAUCAAAGACAAGAACAGUGUCGUUGUCAAGGGUGUGACCUUUUACAAGGCAGAGGAAGAGGCCUUCAAGAGGGACGAGAAAGGGAGAGGGAAGAAUACUACGCUAACCUCGGAUACUUCAUUGGACUUGCUGAUCUCUGACCAGUUGCCACCUACAGAGGAUGAAAUUGUUAUCACAAGACCAGAAAAGGAUCGAUCAACAGCUCCACCAACAGCUAGCCAACAAACCACAACUGCAACCAAACCAGCUCCCACUACCAUCAAACCGACGACUGAAUUCACCCCAACAACAACUAAAUUGACAACUACUUCUCAACAAACUACCACAACUACUGUCCGGCCCACCAUAUCUGUGACCCAACACACCGCUUCAUCAUCAGAUACCAAUAUCCGUCCACCCAUUGAUGCAUCUCCCACUGCAGCGUCUAAAUCCAAGAGUCGACUCAGCUGGACGGAGAGCCCCGCUGACCAACCAAAGACCACCAAAAAGCCUGCGGUGUGUAAAGACACAGUAGCCAGCAUCUCCGAACCAGUGCAGCAGAGUUCUUAUGGCCUUAGUGACGGAACCUGGAUGAGAGACGCUCGCGGCCACGGCAACGUCAUCUAUCUCACCAAUGGUCACUAUGGCACCAAUCUCCUGGAAUUCCGAGACAUGGACACCUUCAAAUCAGGUCAGGCAAGUAAUUCAUACAAGCUGCCCUACAGUUUCACUGGAACUGGACACGUCGUGUUUAACGGAGCUUUCUACUACAACCGUGCCUUCAGCAGGGAUGUCAUCAGAUAUGACCUGAGGCACAGAUAUGUAGCUGCCUGGACAACACUACAUGAUGCUUUACUGGAGGAACAAGCUCACAGGACCCAGACUGAAGUGGAGUUUGCAGUAGAUGAGUCCGGCCUGUGGCUGCUCUAUCCGGCUCUGGACACUGAGGGUUUCCACCAGGAAGUGAUCCUGCUCAUCCACCUUCAUCCACGAGACCUUCAGCCGAUACGAACCUUUCGCACGGGUCUUCGGCGAGGUCGCUAUGGCAACAGCUUCCUGGUUUGCGGCGUGCUUUAUGCGGUCGACACAAUGGAGCGUCGCUACGCUAAUGUGACGUACGCCUUCGACACGCACACGCUAACACACACUGUGCCGAGCCUGGCGUUCACGAACAUGCAUGCACACACCUCCCAGGUGGCUUACUGUCCGCUGGACAAGAAACUAUACGCCUGGGACGACGGACAUCAGAUGAUGUAUGAUAUCAUCUUCGCUUAUUAGCAGUGGAAGAAGUUCUGGAUGUUCUACAACUUAGCAUAUCUAAAAUGAAGCUGAGGACUGAAGAAAUUCACUAAGUGUUUUGUUUCUAAAUGACUGGAUCGGUCAGGUGACUACAAACACACACUGAAGUCACUUACAAGAGAAAUCAGACAACAGGCAGAAAUGUAUUUGGAAAAGGACAAAACUCCCUGGGCGGCAUGAAUGUAAAUGUAUGUGUACACAUUUUGCUCAGUUUCAGCAAAUGGAACAUUUCCUGUUGUUAUGAGAAACCAUGUGUACCUGUUCUCAGACUGUGGUGGAAAGAUCACAUGCAUUAGUGCACAUUAACCACAUAGAAAUGGUUCCAGAAAAGUAAAUACAGGACCUUGUUAAACCAAUUCUUCCAUAAGAUCUGCAAGUUUAUUUUAUAUAAAAAUAAUGAGCACUGCGGUAAAACCUUCCUGUCACUAAAGAAAGAAUAAGAAAUUACCUUCCAUGAGUUCAUUGCCUUGCAGCAGAGGCAAUACGAUGAACGUGAAGUGGGAUUAAGCUCAGAUACAAACAUCGGAUUUCUCACUGUUUAUUGCAGAAGCUUACUUUGUCAGGUUUAUCAGACAUGAAGAGAAUGUUUUACCUUGGGGAAAUAGCUGUAGAUGGUCUGUGGAACAGUUUUACUAUUGAGACAAUAGCCUUUUCUCCUCAAGGUUAUUGUCUCGACUUCAGUUUUAAGACUUGUAAUUUAUAGCCCUGUCUUAUAAACCAGGAAGAUAAAAAUGACUUCCAUGCUGCAUCAGGAGAUCAGGUAUCUCACCUUCUGCUGCAUCAAUUUUUACUAUUUAAACAGUAAAUUACCUAACAUUACUGAAGUGCAACAACUAAAUGUAGAGUUUGUGGUGAAAUAACUUUAUUUCAACAUGUGCCUUAAAAAGGGGCUUCCUUUAAAACCAGCAGCUUUCCAAAACCUCUUGUCAGUAAGCUACUGUUAAGGUCAUAAAUAUAUUGUCAGGUUUAAUCAGACUUGUGUUUAAUUUACUGUGUUGAAUUUUAGAGUAAAGACUGAUUCUUUAUACUUUUAAUAUCAGAAUAAUGAAUCGAUUAUAAUUAUGUAAGAAAGCAGCAGGUCAAGCGUCUGUACUGUAUGUUUUUAUUACUGUAUGUCUGCUGAAGUGCUUCAUGUCAUGAGCUUUUUAUACAGGUAUUAAGUUAAUUCAUUUAAAAUGCACUCUUUUUACUUUAACAGCACAUGCUUCACGCUGCUUUGCUCCUUGUAAAAACAAAAAAAGACCGAAGACAAGGUCGAUUCUGACUGCUUAAUACAAUCUGUUUUGUUAAUUUAUAAUAAAAUGUUCAAAAAGA